CAGUGACACUAUCAGCGAGGUGUUGACUGCGCGACUUCCUGCUCUGUCUGAAGUCCACCAGUGGUCACGUGAGGGCUCCGCCGUUGGUUUUAGGAUUAAUGAACUUUGUUCCUCUCAAGAAAAGGGGAAGCUGUACUCUGACGUAAAGAUUGUUUGGCGUGAACAGUUUGAACGUAAUGUCGUUAUUUCAGGUUACUGUGUCACCUUAAAGGCGAGAUCUUCUGUGCGCAUGUGGUGCGAACAGGUAACUGGCACCGGAGGAUCCAGGACUGUUUCGGCGCAUCGGCAAAAUGAGGAACUUGAUCCAUUAGCGUUUGCGAUUCUUUCCGCGAAAACUGCCAAGAUUUGUCGCUAACGUCCUCCGGGUGUGUGAGCCAGCAGCAUGUCUGACAUCAGACCGCCUGACGCUGGAUGUCAACCAGCUGUCAGCGGGACCGACGCCCACGGCAGGGCGCGCAGUGCCGCGGAGCGAGCGUCGCGCCACGGCACGCAGAUCGCCCCAGCAGCGCUUCUCAGCGGAGGUCAAGGCUGCAAAGGCAGCAGGAGACGCGUACCAGCGGGCUCCGCGAGAGGGAGGCCCCGCUGAGGGCGUCACUCACAGCCUCCGUGCGUAAACUCUACCUGAAGGAGCUGCUACUCAGCGCGUCGAACAGCGGUUUUAGCAGCGUGUUCUCCAGCGCGUCGUCCUCACGAGACGAGCAGGACGUCUCCGGAAUUAACUGGGCUUUGGAUCCGAUGGAAGCACGCGUGGAUGUUAUCGUCGAUGGAGGGAACUUCCAGACCAUCCUGGAGUUCAUCUCCGAGGAUCCACAUCUGCUGUGCAGGAAGGACUUCAUCAGCGGGUACUCGGUUCUGCACUGGCUGGCCAAGCGCGGACAUGACGAAACUUUGGUUCAAGUUCUGCGCUACGCAGAUAACGUGGGGAUUCCGGUCAACGUGAACGCGCGGGGCAGCGGGGGCCUGACGCCGCUGCACGUCGCCAGCAUGCACAGCCAGUACAUGGUGGAACUGCUGGUCGGCGCUUUCGGCGCAGACGUCGACGUCAUGGAUUAUAACGGGAGGAGAGCCUGGCAGUAUCUGAAGGGAGACGCCCCGCCGGAGCUCAGGGAGCUCCUCGGCGAUGACGCGCACAACUGCGCUAUUACGCAAAAUUCCAACGCCAAUAAUAACAGUGUAGGGUCGCUGAGUGUGACCACAAACGAGGACAGUGAGGAGAUGGAUUGCGAGACCUUAGACCUUGACUGUCGGGCGUGGCAGUGGAGGUUUGAGCCUUUUCGAAAACUCUUCUCCCUGUCUUUGCGUGGACACAAAAACUGGAUUGUUAAAGAGUGA